AUGACCACCGCCAGCGCACCGUUCUCAAUUCCGGGUCCUUUGCCGAAAGCGGAACGCGUUUUAGCCUGGUCCAUCUGGAUAUUUCACUCGUUUUUCGCCUUCGUCAUCGCCUAUUGGGUUUCGAACGGUAAGGCGAAGCCAUGGAUCAAGCACUGGAUGCAGGACAGCAGGUACGAGGGUCUCGCCGCGAAAACGGACUAAACUGGAAUUUCAGUUAUGUGAUGGACUGGAAAAUGGAUUUAUCCGACGCAGAAUGGGCAUAUUAUCGGCAAACUUUGUUGCAUUUGCUUCUCGAUUACGCAGUUCAUAGUCUGGGAAUCUUUCUCGCCAAAAAGUACCUUUCCACUCCGAUUUCUCACUACGUCAUCAUUGCCGUUGGAUUUCUAGUACAAAUCCACAUGAGCAGGUAUACAAUUGACAACUGUUGUUCAUAAUAUUCCCCGUUUCUAUUCAGUUUCCAAUGCGUGCUCGUCCUUUAUUCGUUCGCCGCCGUCGUCACGCUCUCCACACUUUCGUUCCGAUUCAAACUCGUUCCCUGGAUUCUGUGCAUCACUUUCAUCGCAAAAGCCACUCAAUUCGUGCCGUUCUCCUCUGGAACCCACAUUUUCUAUCGUGAAUUCAACAUCUAUUUAUACGGAUCCAUCAAGAUUCUCAACUCUUGUCUCCAUCUCUGCUCCAACCCCGAAAAGAGAGAUCUCCUCGUUCCCAGCCUUCUCUACUACGCCUAUCUUCCGUAUUCCAUGACGCUCAUCGUUACUUUUGAAGAGUUCACUUCGCAAUUCGAAACGUGGCUGCAAAAGAAAGAGAUUGAUUGGCAAAACUUGAAGUCGCCCAUAUUUUUCGGAGCACGUCUCGUCUUCUGGUACUACAUUUUUGAGCUGCUUCUUCAUUUUAUCCACGUCAAUGCUCUAUUCAACUCUCCAUCCUCAAUAGUCAACAGUCUGAAUGUUUAUGAAGGCAUGUUGACCUGAAUCAUCAUCUAAAGUAUCAAAUUUUCAGUUUGUGCUGUAGCCUACGUGGCUGGUCAGUUCUUCCAUAUAAAAUACGUCGUCAUCUUUGGAGUUCCCGCUUUCUUCGCCCAUCUAGAUGGAAUGCGGCCCCCUCCACCGCCAAUAUGCAUCUCAAGAGUCUCGCUUUACUCCAGAAUGUGGCGAUCUUUUGAUAAUGGACUUUACCAGUUUCUCAAGCAUCAAGUCUACAUUCCAGUCAUGAGAAAACCACUCCCAAUUAUUUUAUCGAUUCUCAGAAAUAUUGGAGCACUGUGCGCAGUAUUUGGAGUGGUUUUGGCUUGGCACGGUACAAGAAGGCAUUACAUUUUUUGGGUGACCCUUUCUGCAACUGAGUUGAUUGUUGAACGAGUCGGAUAUCAGUUGUGGAAGCUGCCCAAAAUCCAACAAAUCAGAGCAAUACUGGGAGAGAAUUGCUGUAGAAGAAUAAGUGCCACUUUAAUGCUCCUGACCGUAACACCUGGAAUCUUCGGCGUUUUCUUUUUUCUCGGACAGGAAGGAGUUGGAGAAACUAUUUUCCACAACGUUGUUGUUGAAGGACUUCUCGAUGCAUUCUCAGGAAACAUCAGUGCUUUCCCGUAAGUUCAACAGUUUGAGAAAGGACACGACAGCAUUUUUCAGGCUCACCACCGGGUUCGGAUUCAUUCACAUUCUCACACUCGGUUACUUUUUUAAUAAUGUUUGCCUUGAUAUUGAAUACUUUAAUAAAAAGUAA